CGUCGCACCCCCAACACCAGCACUCUUCUCCUCCCCGCUGCUGCAUCCCGGCUGCGCGUCCGUCCCAUCCCACCCCGCCGCGCAUCUCUCCCGGAGCGUUGCGCCACCUCUGCCCCCAUCGCGAGCCCCUCGACGACGUGUGCGACUGCAGCCUCGUGCUCCCGUCCGGUCGACCUGCCAAAACUAGCCAGCGCGCCUUGACAGCAGCCUCGCGCGCGCGACCAGCUGAACACCACCCCCGCCGCCCACACUGCGCGUCCCGCCGCCAUGAACCACUAUCCUCCCCGCAUCGGGCCGCCUGCGGGCGCGCCCAGCCAGCGCCUGAACGAGCUGCUGGACCAGAUCCGCGCCGAGUUCGAGACCGAAUCCAACCGCAGCGUCGACUACGAAGGCCAGAUCACUCGCCAUAUCCAGGAGAUUGAGAUGAUCCGAGGCAAGGUGUACUCCCUGGAGCAGCAGCAUGUCCAGGUCAAGGCAAAAUACGAGGAAGAGAUCGCUCGCCUGCAGCGCGAACUCGAGGCCCGCGGUGGCCCUAGCCAGAAUUCGCAACACCAUGGCCCGUCGCAGCCACCUCCGCCCUCGAUAGGACAUGGGCCCAGCAAUCUGUUCGGCGGUAUCAUGGCUGGCAACAACCAAGGCGGUCCCGGUCUGGCGCCUCCUCCCCAGGAGACUCAGCAGCCCGGUGGUCUCCCUCCACACCUUGGUGCAGGUCCCCAAGGGCCGCCCGGUCUCAAUCCUGCCCCGGGACCGCCCCAGCACUUCGGCGGUUAUGGGGGGUCGGCCCCAUCAAUGAACGGCUAUGGCCAGCCUCCGCAGCCGACUGCCUCGCCCGGCGGGAAGCGUCCUGGCCCUGGCCCGCGUGGCCCGCCGGGCCCAGCCACUCCACAGCAGAACAGCGCUGCUCCCUACCCCGGAUCGCCACAAGUACCCCGCCCCACUCCUCCUCCACACCAGCAACACCCUCUUGGCCCUCCGGGAGGCCCCCCUCUCAGAGAGAGCAACAUCCUUGCUGACCUCGACUUGGAGUCGCUACCUGCGAAUCUGAAGAAGGAGGAACAAGAUUGGUUCGCCGUCUUCAACCCUCGCGCCAGGCGUGUGUUGGACGUGGAAUUGGUCCACAAUCUGCCCCAUCAGAGCGUUGUCUGCUGUGUCAGGUUUAGCGCAGACGGUCGCUAUGUUGCCACUGGCUGCAAUCGCUCGGCUCAAAUCUUCGACGUCGAGACCGGAAACCCCAUUGCCCACCUUCAAGAUACGAGCCUCCCGGAGGAUGGCGACCUGUACAUCCGCAGUGUCUGCUUCAGCCCGAAUGGCCAGUACCUUGCUACAGGUGCUGAGGAUAAGGUCAUCAGAGUCUGGGAUAUCGCAAGCCGCACGAUCAAGCACCAGUUUACCGGACACGAGCAGGACAUCUACUCGCUGGAUUUCGCGAAGAAUGGCCGAAUCAUCGCAUCAGGAAGCGGCGACAGAAGCGUUCGUCUUUGGGAUCUUGAAACAAAUCAGCAGGUGUCCAACUUCUCCAUCGAGGAUGGCGUUACCACCGUUGCCAUCUCACCGGACAGCCGCUUUGUUGCGGCCGGUUCUCUCGACAAGAGCGUCCGUGUCUGGGACAUCCACACCGGGAGCCUUGUUGUGCGUUUGGAGGGCGAGCAGGGCCACAAAGAUAGUGUCUACAGUGUGGCCUUUGCUCCUUCUGGUGAUCGCUUGGUCAGUGGCAGUUUGGACAAGACGAUCAAAAUGUGGGAGUUGACGACUCCAUCUCGUCUCAUUCCAGGCGCUGCACCUAGUGGCAAGUGCAUCCGCACAUUUGAAGGUCAUAAGGAUUUUGUGCUCAGUGUUGCACUGACUCCCCAUGGCGACUGGGUUCUCAGUGGAUCCAAAGAUCGCGGUGUCCAAUUCUGGGAUCCGCACACUGGUGUUGCGCAACUCAUGUUGCAAGGGCACAAGAACUCCGUUAUCUCUGUCGCUCCCAGCCCGACGGGAGGCAUCUUUGCUACUGGCAGCGGAGACAUGCGUGCCCGCAUCUGGAAGUUUGAUAGGUACACCGGUCCUUAGACGCCUCCUCCACGGAUGCCAAGCCCAACAUGAGGCGUCGACUCGCAAGGUCGUUAUGAGGAAGUCGCGACCACUUAUACCCCUUUCCUUAUCAUGCCCACGGCUGCGCUUCACCACCCCUACGGCACCUUGCUUUAGGUCGAUGCACAACAGCGUGCCCGUGGUGACAGAGUCAUCAGUAUCAUUCGGUGUUCUCGACGGAUCGAUCCUUGAUAAAAGCUUCAAAGGUGUUUUCUACUUCAUGUUGGAUGUUCUUCUUAUAUGACGGGCGCGGAGAUGUGUGGCUCGGGCUGGGUUGGACCACGUCAAUCUGUUCCUCUACAUCAUACUGUUACUGUUGAGGCAUGGGGAUAUCGGUAGGACUGAUGACUAUGAAACAGAGGUUGGCGGGGUGCAAUGUCUAGAUAGUUUAUUUAUACACCUUCCCCGUUUGGGAGGAAUCGAGUCGUAUUCUGUUGAA